AUGGACAACGCCGCGGCAGCGCCGCUGCUCGAAAUUCCCGCCGAUCAUUCUCCGGCCGCCGUUGCCAAGGGAAAACGCACCAGGCGACUCCGGCCGCAUUCGCCGAUUCCCUCCGGCAACCACCCAGCCGGCGAAUUCCUCCGCCUCUCUCCGCCGCCGUCGUCGCCGGAGGCGGAGGCGGAGGCUGAGGCCUCCACCACGUCGGAGGAAUUCGAAACCGCCAAAUGUCUCCUCCUAUUAUCUCAAGGACCGUUUUUUUCGAAGCCCGUCGAUAGCGCUCCGCCGCCGAAGAGGACCGCCGGCGGCGGCGGCGCCGUCUACACGUGCAAAACGUGUAGCCGGACGUUCUCGUCGUUUCAGGCCCUCGGCGGCCACCGGACCAGCCACAGAAAGGUUAAAAUCGAUCGGAAAUCAACCGCCGCCGUAUUCUCCGACGACGACGAUUUUCCGGCGCCGGCGGUGCCCAAAUUCAUCCCCGAUCCUCUCUCCCUCCACCUUGGCACCACCACCACCGCCGCCGCCGCCGCCGUAGCUCCGUCGCCGAGAAUGCACGAGUGCUCGUACUGCGGCGCCGAGUUCACCUCCGGCCAGGCCCUCGGCGGCCACAUGAGAAAGCACCGGCCCGGCCCUGUCACGGCCCGGCCCGCCAAUUUUCCGAUCACCGCCGGCGACGCCUCCAUUGAAGAGCUCGACGGCGACGAUUCGAAGCGUCCCAGAAAAGGGGCGCCGUUGGAUCUCAAUCUCCCGGCGCCGGACGACGAGAACAGCAAGUUCGGGCUUGCAAGAAGCCCGCAAGAAGCAGAAACGGGCCCCCGUCGUCCGCCAUUGACGCCAUUAUUAAUUCACAAGGUUUAA